AUCCGCGUGGAUGAAUAUCGAAAUUUUUAAAAACUGGUUUUUUAGUAAAUUCGUGCUUCAGGUUGAAGAUUUUYUUGAAAGUCGAAAUCUACCAAAGCGAGCAAUAUUACUCUUGGAUAACGCUCCUAGUCAUCCACCAGAAGAAGAUUUGGUGACUCCAGAUGRAAAAAUAUGKACAGUGUUUAUGCCACCGAAUGUAACGGCUCUAAUUCAACCGAUGGACCAGAACGCGAUUCGCCUCACCAAAUUAUUUUACCGAAAUUCUUUAUUGAGCAGUGUAGUGCAAAAAGAAAAUAUAAACGCAGCGUUAGAGGACCUCACCCUUUUCAAUGCAGUUCAACUUAUUGCUGCAGCUUGGGAAAAAGUUUCAGGGGUUGUUCUUCAGAAGUGUUGGAAAAACAUUUUAAUUAAUAAAACCACACCUGACGAUGAAGAUGAUGAGGACAAUAUAGCUCUAGCAGAUUUGCGAUUCAGAGAAGACCGUUCUGUUAUGGAGAGCACACUUUCUCUUAUCCAUACAAUGUUUCCCCAGACAAACUUCAACACAGAUKAUUYGGAAGCAUGGAACAGUGUAGACAAUGUACUUGUAGAAGAGAACCCGAGUGCUGAAAAUGAACUAGCUAAUAAAAUUUCGGAAGAGGAGGAAGCUGAUACCGCUGCAGUUGUAKCUGUGCCGCCAAUAAAGCAUACUGAUGCCAUCGACUGCUUUGAGAAGUGUAUCAAAUGGUCUGAAKAAAACAACGUGGAACAGGAAAAAAUAUUUUUAUUGAAAAGCCUAMAUCAAAAGGCACAGGAUCUAAAAAUUUCUCGCCCACAAAAGCAAAUGAGCAUAACAAAUUUCUUUUCAGUUGAAUAA